GAUGUUAGCGACCCUGAUUCUUUGACCGACUCUAUGCACGACCUAAUUCCUGAAAUCCGGCGUCUUUUUGAAGAGGUGGAUGUGGCAGAGCUAUCCGAUGAGCAGCUAGUUAACCUAUUGCUAGAAAGAUCCAUCUCGGUUCUGGCCUUCAAUGAAUGUUUGCUACACCAGUUUGUUUGUGCGAAUUUCCUAGGUGGCCACGCCACCGACGAUUUCAAUGUGACCGCCUUAGAUUACGCCGCUAUCUCCAACCUCACUGUCGAGGGCGAGGUUCCUUUUAAGCAAGCAAAGCAUUUGGGCUUAUUUUACUUGUGUAAGCGCAAUUCCCUGCUAAUGUGCGACCUCACGCGAAGCACAAAGUUUCCUCACAUGUUGGUUGCCAUAAAGUGCGUUUAUCUGCAUCAGUACUUAAUCGGCCAAGAACGUUCAGAACGGUUGCACGUGGAACUUCUCCGCUUGUUGGAAAUUGGUGAGGACGAGCUGGAAAGUGGAUUUCUUCCCGCCAAAGAGGACUUGACAUGCUUUUAUCUUCUUGCUGCAUACCUUUGUGUGUUCUAUUAUCACUAUGAAAUGGCCGAGGAGUUCGCUUCCAAGUGUGCGAAGCAUAUGCAGCUGUCAUUAAGCUUCAGCGGUGCUCUUGGAAAACGUACCCGAUUUCAGCAAAGUGAUGUUGCGAACCUGUUUAUUAAAGUCGACCGCUCUUAUCCGUCGAAUGAAGAACCACCUACAGGUUCGUUCCAGUUGCCCAAGGCUGUUCAACUGGAUGACGACACCUUGUUGAAUGCUACCGCAUUUACCAGCGAGGAAAUGAAAUUACUACCACGACUAUCUGCUGAAGAGCAAAGUUUGGUUCUACUCCUCUGCGAACUAUACCGUAUUGCAAGCCCCCGAGACGAUAUGGCGGAUGAACAGUGCUUGGCCUACAUCAAUGCAGUCCUUCGACAGGCGUAUCCAGAAUCCAACGACCAUGCACCCGAGGAUACUUUUCGAUCAUGUUGGCCCAUUGCUACGGAGGCGCUGUUCCGUCGAAGCCUUAUUGAACACACGUCGGCUCGCAGAGCAGAACGAUCUGUGUCGCAGCUGGAGGAGCUUUCCAACCAAUUUUGGCGCAGUGAGCCGCCGUCUUCAGAAAGAUGCUCUCAGUUUUUCUUUUUCACUAGGAUGCCUUCCAUUUGGGUUCUACAACUUGAACAAGCGCGGCUCCUCAAGAAGCUCGGUUGUUACAAAAGCGCCUUGGAUGUGUUUUUGCGCUGGAAUCAGUGGUUUGAUAUCAUUGAUUGCUACACACAUUUGAACAAACGGGAAAAAGCCGAGGAAGUUAUCCGGGCUCAGUUGGCUUCAGGUGAUCAGUCUCCGGAGCUGUAUUGCGCUCUAGGAGACGUGACAGGAGAUCGUGUACACUACACGACGGCAUGGGAGGUCUCCAAACACACCUCAGCUCGUGCGAUGCGAAGCAUGGCGGUUGUACACAUGUAUGUUGACAAAGACUACGAAAAAGCCAUCGAAUGCUUCGAAGCAUCGCUGAGUAUCAAUAGCCUACAAGUGAGAUUGUGGUUCACCUUCGGUUGCUGUUGCCUGCAGGCUAAAAUCUACUCGAAAGCGGAGAAUGCAUUCCGUCGUUGCGUUCAGCUGGACCCCGAUAAUUAUGAGGCUUGGAAUAAUUGUGCCAGUGCCGCUGUCCUCAAUGGGAAAAAAUCUGUCGCUCUAAAGUUACUAAAAGAGGCCUGCAAGUACAAUUAUGAAAACUGGAGGAUAUGGGAAAACAUUUCAAUUAUUUCAACCGAUGUCGGUUGCUUUGAAGACACCAUACAAGCAUGUCAUCGGUUGUUGGAUCUGCGCAACAAAUUCACCGAUGCAGAUAUCUUGGGAGUCCUGUCGAAAGCAGUCUCCGAGGGUGUGGUGGAUCAUCGUGGCCAUUCCGCAUCCGAACUUCGCUCCACAGUGCUUACCUUAUUUGGAAGAGUUACAGCAACGACACCUGGUGUCGCUGAGAUUUGGGAACACUACGCCGCCCUGCUGUUAUCCGAGAAACCCGGAGUAGAACCAACUACAUUCCAGCGGGCAGUACAGCAUUUGCAAACUGCACAUCGUUGUCGUGUGUCGUCCUCAGAGGGGAAAUGGGAGCAAUCGGACACGAAACGAACUGCCGUUGUGAAGGGGCUAUGCCAUUGGGCUGACGUGGUCCUCAAAGCAUCUCAUUUGGUCUCGCCCUAUCCAGACACACUGCAGUCACCCGAUCCGUCCGAUACCCAACCAAAACCGAUGAGUAGUUUCGUCAAGUCAAGCCUCGCAUCCCUUCGGCUGAGCAUAAUGUCCGUUCUUGGACGAUUGCAGAUUUUGGAAGAUGAAACUGUCGAUUCGGAAGCUCAGUCGAAAGUCCGUGCAACCGUCAAAGAGUUAAAACAACUAUUGGAUUCGGUUGAAGCAGCCUCUGAAUCUUAACAUUUUUGCAUCCCAUGUACAUUCUUAUCAUGUCUUGAUUACACGAAUGAUCUGCAGUGAUUC